CUAUCACGGUACCAAAACGGUGAUUAACUAAAACACCACAGGUAACAUUAUCACAGUGAUUUGUAUUCAACUAAACGAAGGAUUAUGGAAGGACCCAAACAUUCAUUUGCAGAUCUAUGAAGAUGACAACCAGAAAAGAGGCAACCUAUGUUUACCAAAGGAGCUGUUAUGAUAUGGUAUCUGUUGAUUUCUCUGGGUUCUCUAUUUUUAAUUAACCAGUGGCUACCGAUUAUUAGCGAUAAAGAUGGUUUCUCAAGUGGCUCUAGGAAAACAGCUGAAAACCAGGCAGACAGUGAGUCCAAGUUAACCUGUGAUGAUCUAAACGAAAUAACUAAAAUUGCUGUUAUUGGUGAAGGAGCUGUGAAAGUAGUGUGGCUUGCUAAAUGGAAACACCAAUUAAUUGCGCUGUCAGAAUUGAAGGACACUAAUUAUCAAGAUGAUUUUAACCACAAUCGAGCCAUGCUUAUAAAGCUAGCUGACUCUAACAAGGUUGUCAAGCUACUUGGAACUUGCAAUGAUACAUUUAUUAUUACUCAAUUUCAUCCUCUGGGCAAUCCGUUAAACCUUCCUUUUUGGACUCAGUUUUGGCCUAACAAAAUUCUCAAUGGUACUCUAGAUUGUCUCAAGUUGUGCCUUCAUUACGUUGAUUUGAUCAAUUUUUUCCACACACAUCCUUCUGGUCCAUUGGUAAUGUGUGACUCGAACAGCUUAGAAAAAUUACUUUCACAAUUUCUACUUUCUCUGGAUGAUGUAAAGACAGAUACAGAACCAACCGAUUCAUUGACCAGUGGGUUAAGGCUUGUUGCCAAUGAUCUUGAUGCUUUACCAUCAGCUAAGAGCAGCGGAAUCAAAUGUGGGCCCAGGCAGAUUUUUGGCACCUUUGCUGCUCCUGAACAACAUUGGCCGUAUCAGGAUAGACCAUUCAAUGAUAGUCAGAUGCCAGUAUAUAAUGAAAAGAUUGACAUUUGGAAAAUUCCGGACGUUUGUGCUUGGUUCCUCAAAUUCUCAUCAGAUUCUGAGUUUUUGCUUGCUCGACUAAAGCCUAUCCACAUUCAAUGUAAGCAAAUGGAUCCUUCUGUGAGGCCAACUGCUGCGAAAGUUCAUCAGUCAUAUAUGGAAUUAUAUUCCGAACUGUUGAUGGAAAUGGAAUCCAACUAUGCAAGAAAAUGAUCUCAAGUCUAUUUUCAUCAGAUUUAUUCUCUGUUAAAUGUGUACCUUAAGUGCUGAUUACUAAUUUAAAUUACAAUUACCAUGUAAACAAGAGCUGCUAUUUUUCUGUUAACUCAAUCUGAAUCUGAAAUUUUACUGUAAAUACUGUUUGUUUUGUAUGUUUAUCAUUUUUCAUACCAUUAUUUUUUUAAUUAUCAACAUUCAUUUAAUAAACUUUAUUGAGGUUGA